CAGAACUGAAUGAGUUGAUUUGUUCAAAAAAGAGACGUACGCUGUUGAAAGCUAGAUCCACAUGAGUUGAUUUGUUCAAAAAAGAGACGUGUUUUGGGAUAAACUUUGUUUAUAAACAUGAUUUUAAGUUCCAAUGCCAAUGGCGGCCAAAACCACCAGAACCAAAUUCAACGUUUUUUCGUACCUCCUCGGCUUCAUUUCAGCGAAGGUUUCACUUGUUGUGUAUGGCUCUUUGGCUCUUCUCAUUUCGGCACCUCUUCCGAGACAACCUUUGUGCUUGCCUGGGAAGUAUUGUUGGUUUGUCCUUUUGCCUGCUUGUGAACACUCUCUCUGCUCUCUAGUUUCAUCCUGUUGUUUUUCUAUCUCACUAGCGGUCUUUUUCGGUAGUGUGACACUUAGAAUGCUGCCGCUUUGAAACACUGCUUUAAUCUUACCACUGCUUCAAUUCUUCUCUUUCUUGUUUGAUCUUCGGCUUCUUCUACAAUUUUCUUCCGAAGGCGUUUAUCCGUGUGGGGAUUCAAUAUGAGCCCUGUUGGGUUUAUAUACACAAGAAGAAAUGAUAUCAAAGAAACCAUAUGCAUACACAGAGAGAAUCUCUAAUUCAGAAAUACACUCUUGGGAUUUCU